CGGAAGUAUUUCUAGAUCGCAGAAAGGCGGAUACCUGUCCGCUACUUGGCCGUUUAGAACUUUUCCUGAACCAUUUUUCCCCUCUGUCACUCCUCGCUGGGUCGCCAAUCGAACAAAAAUUAUUAUCCCGAGUAUUCAAACGGCUCUAUAUUUAGCCGAAACCGCAUUAGCCUUGACGAGAGCAGUAUUUUCUAGCCGAAGCUAGCUAACUUUUAACACAUUAGCAGUUAACUUGUCAAAUCCCCGGCAGUACAACAAGGAAGGUGCAGCACCGACCAGCCACAAGAAGAUGGGUGAUAAAGAACUGAUGUGGGCAUUGAAGACUGGGGACCUGGAUGAGGUCAAAGCCAAACUGGGAACGGCUGAGGAUGUUAACCGGACCCUGGACGGUGGAAGGAAGCCGCUGCAUUAUGCUGCAGACUUCGGUCAGGCAGAUGUGGUGGAGUUCCUCCUUUCUAAGGGGGCAGAUAUCAAUGCUCCAGACAAACAUGGGUUUACUCCACUGAUGUCUGCCUGUUUUGAGGGUCACGUCUUAUGUGUCAAGCUCCUGCUAGAAAAGGGAGCUGACAAAGACCGGAAAGCACCGGACGGCACCACUGCCUUUGAAGCUGCCGAUAGCGAGGCCAUAAAGGCUCUGCUCAAGUGAGACACCGCAGAGUGGGAGGUGGCUGGGCAGCUGUAUGAACGGGCACUCAGAUGGAUGCAGUGGUUCCCUGAGAGAAGAUGGACUCUCCCCUUUUACCCUGAUCAACCUCUGUCUCAACAAUGCUUUUGUCUGUUUGUUGGAGGUUCAUUUGGUCUGUCUGGUGAUCUCCCUUUACAUUGUAAUUUUUCUUUUCCCCAAGUUUUUUGGAUAGGGUUUAUCUUCUUUAGGCCUCUGUUUAUAGCCAUUUAACAGAAGAACUUGUCACGUAUGUCUCCCUUAGGGACCAAGCACUUGGGGAGUGCUCUUGAACCUGGAUCUUAACACUGCUCAGACUAGUAACAGACUCUAUAACACCAACACAUUUCUUAUAGUACAUACAAUAAAUGCGCCUCUUUCUUUUGCAUUUGUGUUGUAAAAGCAUACAGAAAUUAAUGGUAAUGGAUCAGUAGUGUGUUUAUCUUUUUACAACUUAACAGUUUAAGUAUUUUAUGGCCAGGACAUACUCUUAUGAACAUUAAUUGCACUGUACUACACUAGCGAGACUACAAAAAGAUUAAGUUUCAUUAUGUUAACAUUUGAUUAUGUGUGGCCUCUUCCUGUACUUUGAUUUCCUUUUUUAAUAGAUCAAAUGGUCCCUCAAAUCCAAGCUUAAAAUUUUGGAGAUGUUGGCUGAGGGAGGUGCAGAGGUCAGGCUUUUCUUUUCUGCUUAGUGAUGUAUCACUUACAUAUCAAAUAGUGUUUGUUCACAAAUUUUACAUCAUUAAUGCAUAUAAGGUGUUCUC